AUGUCGCAAGGAAAUGGGGCGGGGAGGGAGCGGGAGACGGAGGCGGAGCGCGCGCACCGGUUCAACAAGAAGAAGUACACGAGCCGCGUGUUCACGAACGUGAACAAGUACGUGAUGGAAGACAAGUUCCGCGUGGUCCGCUGCCGCCGCUGCCUCGCCUGCGUCCUCAUCACUGACGCCGAACUCGACAAACUGCCCCGCAGACGCACUGACAACGCCCCCGUCUUGUGUCCGGACCAGUGGACCAUUCGCCUCAGCACCAGACCACUGGACCACCCCCACCGCCUCAAGCGCCUCAGGGGCCUCGAGACUCAGUACUACCACGCCUGCGCCGAGUGCGGCCAGCACGUCCUCUACCAGUCCGUCCCCCACAACGCCCCCCAGGGGGGCCCCCCAAACCCCAGGAAAAGGCCCAACACAGGCCCCCAGGGGGCCCCCACCAGCACCCAGGGGGCCCCCAGUACCACCCAGGGGGCCCCCAGUACUGCUGAGGGGGCCCCCAACACUACUGAGGGGGCCCCCACCACUACUGAGGGGGCCCCCACCACUACUGAGGGGGCCCCCACAGCUACUGAGGGGGCCCCCACAGCUACUGAGGGGAGCCCCACUGGUACCCCGGGGGCCCCCAGUACUACCCCGGGGGCCCCCAGUACCACCCCGGGGGCCCCCAGUACCACCCCGGGGGCCCCGAGCCCCAGUACCCCCGAGGGGGCCCCCACCCCCUCCCCAGGGGCCCCCAUGACCCCCGCAGGGGCCCCCACGACGCCGGCGGCGUCGACGGCGGUUGGGGCCCCCAUAACCCCCGGGGGGCCCCCCCGGGGGCCCCCGGGGGCCCCCGGGGGGCCCCCCGGGGGGCCCCCCGGGGGGCCCCCCGGGGGCCCCCGUUUGUACAUAAUAGAGGCGAACGUGAAGGUGUGGGGCGGCGGCUGGCGGCCGAAGCGGCGCUGCCGCGUCUGCGGGUAUAUCCCUCGAGACGAAAAGCACUUUGAAGAACACUUGAGGGACAGGGGCCACUGGGACCAACAGGCGGGGACUUUUCCGGCUUUUGAGGAGAAAAACGACGGGCCCGUCAACCCCAUCAUCGUCGGAUAA